AUGAAGGUAAAGGUGAUCUCCAUCCUGGAGGACAACUACAUGUACCUGGUGAUUGAAGAGCAGAGCAAACAGGCUAUAGCUGUGGACCCUGCGGUACCACACCGGUUGCUAGAAAUAGUGAAGAGAGAGGGCCUUUCCUUGGUGGCUAUUCUCACCACACACCACCACUGGGACCAUGCUCGUGGGAAUGAGGCUCUGGUGAAGGAGCUUCCUGGGCUGAAGGUGUAUGGGGGAGAUGAUCGGAUCGGGGCUCUGACUGAUAAGGUCACCAGCGCUCAAGAACUGAAGUUUAACUCCAUCAAUGUGAGGUGCCUAUUUACUCCCUGCCAUACCUCUGGUCACAUGUGCUACUUUGUUUGGGAGGACGAGUGCACUGACGCCCCUGCUGUGUUCACAGGGGAUACGCUGUUUAUUGGUGGAUGUGGACGGUUUCUCGAGGGUACGGCAGAACAGAUGUACCACAAUCUCACUCAGGUGCUGGGCUCCCUACCUCAAGACACAAAGGUGUUCUGUGGACAUGAGUACACCAUUAAAAACCUGAAGUUUGCCAUGCUGGUGGAGCCAGAGAAUGAGAAGGUUAAAGAGAUGCUGAGCUGGGCCAGGGCAAGAGAUGAUGACGACAAACCCACUGUGCCAUCCACCCUGAUGGAGGAGUUUGAAUACAACCCUUUUCUUCGCCUCUCGGAGGAAGGCGUGCAAAAGUUCACAAGGAAGACAGAUCCAGUGGAGGUGCUGAGGGUCCUACGGAGGGAGAAGGACAAAUUCAAGAAGCCCAAGGAGAGACUUCCUCCACAUGCCAUGUUGGCUUUGGAGUGGGGGCUACUCAGACCCUGAAACCCAGUUUCAAAGCUCUGAACACGGGACAUGUUCAGGUAACGAGGAUCACUGGUGUGAUUGAAUGACUGUAUGCGGCAAGACACAACACUGCUCGUUGCUUUUACCCUAAAUUUAACUCAUCAUACUUUUGGGGGCCUCGUUGACCUUUAUGGGCAUGUAUAUUGUUUUCGAAACGUCUGCACAAAAAGGCCAGUAUAAAGCUGCUUCCAUUAAAUAUAAACUACAUUCAUUUAAGGGCGGGUCUCCCAGUCUGUUAUGCACAAACUAACUGCACCGUACCACAUCUACUAACACUGAUUCCAAAUGAAAAAUCUUGUAAAUCCAC